AUGAAAGAAUCAAGCAGAUUUUUUAUUGAUAAAUUAUACGAAAAAUGUAAAUGGUUUGCAAUUGAAAGCUUGAAUAAAGAAGGGAAAUUUAAUGAAAAUGAGCAAACAGUUACAACAAUUAAAGAAUUAUUAGAGAAACGAGGUUUUGUUUACCACUGCAGAGAUUACCUAAUAGAACAUGAUACAAAAGAUUGUACAUUCUAUAAUAGUUAUCUUGAUAUGUAUUAUUACCCCGGAAAGGUUAUAGAUCAGUCUGUUGAUCGUGUAAUUGAGAAAGAAAACUAUCAAAGAAUGUUAGAACAAUUCGAAAUUGAAAAUUCCGAGCAUAAAGGUGGACAAUCUAUUCAGAAUCAAAAUGAAAUAGAAUAUAACAGUGAACAUGGAAAUGAAGUUGAGCUUCAUACCGAUUAUGAUGUAGACUUUCCUCGACAAAUGGUUGGUUCAGAAGCUGAACAUCAUAUGGGACCCUCGUCAUCUACAAAUGAUGAGCAUCUUGGCGGUAAUUAUGAUCAACUAUAA